UUAUGGAGGGCGGUGGCUUAGGCAUGGAGCCCGACAGAGAAAAGCAUUCGGCCAUGGGGAGAGCAAGGCAACGCGGGCAGGCAGAUAAGGAAGACGCGUCUGAUCCAGCUCAGAGAGCAGCGCAGAUAAGCAGGUGUCAGAUGUUAACCCUGACGGGAGACCCGAGGAGGUCAGCGACCCUGUGCUGGGUUUGGCGCUUGCGAGCGCGGCUUUGCCCUGAUAACUGGAGAACAUGAGACUGUUAUUGAAGUUUCCUUUUCUCUGGGUGAGGAGGGACAGCACACGGGACAAUGAGACGAGGCCACUUUUACCCAAGGGUGAACGGGAUCUGGGGACAGCAGCCGUCUCUGCAAGUGAAGAUUCCCAGAAGGUUCCGGAUGGGAAACCCUACCCGGCAGACAAGGGAGGUCGAAGCAGCGGCUUCUCAGAGACACGGAGGGGGCUGCCACCACAGACAACCUUUAGCUUGAGCUCCUUUGUGCUAAAGUACCUCCUCUUCCUUAGCAACCUGGUCCUCUGCGUUCUGGGCCUGGUCACCUUGGCCCUGGGCCUUUGGGGCCUGGUAGACAAGGAGUCAUUUGCCCAGGAGAGGAUUGGCCACAUUGGCACGGACCCCAUGCUGUUGUUUGUGUGCCUGGGCCUGGCAUUGUUCCUGCUGUGCCUGUCCGGCUGCAUGGGGUCCCUGCGGGAAAACGUCUGCCUGCUGCAGGCUUUCAGUGCCGGGCUGCUGGCAGUGCUGAGCUCACAGGUGCUGGCCGCUAUUGUGGCCUACAGCCUGCAGGGCCAGAUCGAGGGCUCCCUGCGCACCGGCAUGCUCACGGCCAUGGCCCGUUACCAAGACGACCUGGACCUGCGCUUCAUCAUGGAUGAAAUCCAGACGGGUUUGCAGUGCUGUGGAGCUGACAGCUACCAGGACUGGGAGGUCAACAUCUACUAUAACUGCUCGGCCCCUGGCGCACGGGCCUGUGGGGUGCCCGCCUCCUGCUGUGUGGAUCCCCUGGAAAACGGCACGGUGGGCAACUCGCAGUGUGGAUUCGGGGCACGCCACCUGGACGAGUUCUCCGCCCACAGUGUGGUCUUCCUGGGCGGCUGCCUUGGGGCCGUGGCCCGCUGGAUGGAGAGGCACUCGGGGGCCAUGUGGACGGUGGCGAUCAUCAGCCUGGCCGUCCAGGUGCUGGUCCUGUUCGCUUCAGGCCGUCUGCUGGAGGACAUACGGAGGAAGAAGGCGGCCUGGCAGAGAGGAUCUGCAUGAGCGUCCAGCCCUGGAGACGCACUGGAGGGGAUUUUUGAUACAUGAUCCCUCAGAGGCAUCCUGCCAAAGUGGGGAGGAUGGGAGGAGCCAUCUUCUCUUCUCCCAUGAACCGGCACCUUGAUGUCUGUCCUGGAAGCUCUGCAGGACUUGAGGUGAAUCAUGCUGAACGAGAUAGUUUGUGGUCCAGCAGUAUGUUUGCCCUGUUGGUAGCUGUCUGCCCUUAUAUCCAAUAACAAAAGGUCUGCUGUGCUCUCAGCUGCCGAAUAGCAGCUUCCCUCUCAUGGUUCGAGCCCGUCUCUAGGUUGCAUGGCGAUCCCUGAUUGGAUUCUGCCAUCCAAUGGUACCUGUCGCUAAGCAAGAAAAUCAUUGACAUUCAUCUCCAAACUCACACAUUCUUAAUCACUCCUAGAAAGGAUUCAUACUCUUUUCAUUGAAUAGUAUGUACUUUAAGUGAAGGCUUCUCCAUAAUUUUCUUGUCUUCAGAUUGUAUAAAUAUUUUACGCUGUGUUUAAGAUCGUAAAAACUGGACUGGGUUACAUGCAAGGAAAUGUUUUGGACCAGCACUGGCCUUGGGCUUAAUGAUUACCUCCUUCCUUGUUGUCAUGGUGACACGUUUGGCUUUUUAUUGGUUUAUAUGAGGUUACUGUGCCCCCACCCCGCCUAAUCCUGGGCUUUGUUCCGGUGCAGCAGAAAGCUAUGUGUACGUCACCACUCUGACAGAGUGGCUGAGUCAUCGGACCCCCGCCAAAAUGCAUGACUUUCAUGCUAACCCUCCUGUUUAUGACUGAGUAUAUUGUGUUCAAUAAAUGUUUUCAUUAAUAA